GCAGACGCACUUUCCUGGCGACUUUUGACUUUAUAAGAGAUAAUCAGGUGAUUGAAGAGACAUCAAGGCUCCGGCUCCGUGCGGGUUUGUUUAAUGUCAGUAAACUGCAGGUCGGACGAUAGGAUUUCACAGAUGUCUUGACAUGGACACGGUCAUUAUUGCGCCGGCCACACGGCCGUGUCAUCCGCCAGUCAAUUAAUGGGACACCUCUCUCAUCUCUCUGUCAUCUGGUCCUUAACAAGGCGAGGGCGCCCCGGGGGGAGUCAUUGGCAUAUCACAGAUUGGAGGGGAGUAUAAGGGCCCGGGGAUGAAGGGUUGUACACAGAGUGGAGGACAGUGACGUUUGAAAUGCAGACUCCAGUUCUAACUCUGGGUGGGCUUGUGUGCCCAGCGCCCUGCCCCUGCUCUCCUCUCCGCACGGAUCACAACUCCAAACCAACCCAGCGCAAGACUUUCACCAUCGACGCACUACUGUCCGCCGCCGAGAUCUCGCCCUCCUCCCGGGAGAGGCAGGCGGCUCCCCUCUGCCCGCUCGGAACGUGCGUCCUGGCUACUACCGUGCCCGGGGCUAAUCGGAGCCCGCCGUCUCUCUACCCGGCUCUGGUGUAUCCCCGCCCGCUUCACGCCGUCUACCACGGAGCUCCUCUGCUCUACCGCCCCGGCGGCUGCGGAACGGGACAGUGCCCGCACGAAUAUCCACUGCCCAAGGCGUCUUUCCCGCUCAAACCCAAAGCUGCCAAAGUCAAGCGAGCGAGGACCAUCUUCACCCACGAGCAACUCGCCCGGCUGGAGAAGGAGUUCGCCCGGCAGCAGUACAUGGUGGGCUCAGAGCGGUUUCUGCUGGCGUCCGCCCUUCGUCUCAACGAGUCCCAGGUGAAAGUCUGGUUCCAGAACCGUAGGAUCAAAUGGAGGAAACAGAGCCUGGAGCAGCAGCAGGCCAAGCUGGCUCGGCUGGGCACGGUGGGUACUCAGCCCAGACCCAGCUCGCCGAGCAGCGAGCCCAGCUCCAGUCCGACACCCCGGCCGCAGCACACAGACUCCCACCGGCCCAGCCCACCGAGUGUCGAAGGCAGCGGGCACCAACCAAAGCAACCUCCCUCACUAGCCAUUUCACCAUUAAGCCCGUAGACCUCAUUUUCUAAAGCGCUGUUUAUAUCAUAACCUGUAUUGUCAUAGUUUAGUGUAAAUAUACAAAAUAUAACAAUGGAGUUUUAAAACCUG